AUGAAGAAACUUUUUACAGCCGACGUAAACUUGCACAGUGACAAUCGGAGAUGUUUUCAGCUUCAGAAUUGUAGAUCGACUUUCGUAGCCACUUUUGGUUUUAACCAAUCUGUUGAAAUUUUUGAUCGUCAUGGUGAAAGGAAACUGGAGCUUCCUUUGCCAGGUGAACCUGUUUCAAUGUCUUGGGAUGCCGAUGGUGACAAUCUGGCUGUUAUUGACGAUAAAACAUCGUCCGCUACCAUAUGGAACUCACUUUCGUUCAAAAUUAGUCAACUUCAUACCGGGAUGAAGGACACCCUUAGUGUACUCUCAUGGUCUAAAGUGGGUAGCCGCUUAGCCAUUGGCACUAGUAAGGGUAAUCUCGUCAUUUAUAAUCAUAAAAAUCUGAAAAAAACAUCACUUCUUGGAAAGCACACCCGAAAAAUCACUUGCGCCGUAUGGAACAGGAAGAAUACUUUAGCAUUGGCAAGCGAGGACAAAUCCAUAACUAUUAACUCUGCUGAGGGUGAUCUCAUGAAGCAUGUUUUGAUACACGAUCUACCAACUAAUUUGGAUUUUGGUCAAAUGAAGCUUCAGGAAGUCUCCAGAACCGAAGAUAAUACUGUUAGUUGUAUUGUCGGAAGGAAACAGCUUUUCUUGUUAAAUCUUGAUGAUAUAGAUAAUCCAAUUGAACUUUCUUUUCGUCAAGCCUAUGGUGAUCUAAUUGCUUACCAAUGGUUUGGUGAUGGUUACAUUAUAGUUGGAUUUUCCAAUGGUUAUUUCGUGGUUGUUUCAACACAAUCGAGUGAAAUCGGGAAAGAAAUAUAUCAGAUUCAUGAUCAUAAAGACGGUUUACAUGAUAUUUCAGUAUGCACGGUUUUAAACCGUUGUGCAACUGUAGGCGACCAUUGUGUAAAAAUUCAUGAUCUUCAAAAUAUUCGUGAACUUACCGCAAUAAUCGAAUUAGAAGAAAAAAAUGAUGAAGGACUAGUAAAUAGAGCCAAACAGAUGAAAUCGAAACUUAUCAACAACAAUUUGUUCACAUGUCAACUUCAGUGGUCAGAUGAUGGACAGUUAAUGGCUAUUUCGACACCACAGAAGCUCUUACAUGUUUUUCUGAGUCAGCUGCCAAUGUUAGCUGCUUUAUCACCGCCGAAUAGUACUGGUUUGUUAGCACGAUUAACAUCUUUGCUCGAGGUCACAGUUGAACCUAUUCCAUGCAUAAAAAAUAAUAACUUGCUAAAGAUCUACAGUGAUUGGCAUGUCUUAAAGAUUGAAAUCGAACCAACAUUUAUCGGUCUUGGACAAAAAUAUCUCUCUGUUGGAAUUAAUAAUCGUGCUUGGUUUUAUGAAUUGACUAAUUCAGAUAUCGUGUCUAUUUCUGAGUAUGAUUAUCUGACUACUGUGGAUCAAAUUAGUUUGAAUGAGAAUUAUGCAGCUGCUUGUGGACCAGAUGGAAAACUCACUUUACAUUGGAUAAAUCCGAAAACAUUUCCUGACAAAUCAUAUUCAAAUAAAAAACAGAGUGGAGUAAAUGAUGUUUCCCAAGGUGAUGUUGCUAAAGUGUCGAGGGAUUCUUGCAUAUUUCCUCAGUCAUCCUCAAUGGAUUCAAUGGUUACUUCAUUCAAAUUGACAAAUGACUUUCUCAUAUAUUCAACAAAUAAAGGGAAAUUACUUCACUUUAAUAUUUCUAAUUGGAACUACGCUAACAGUUACCAUCAUAAUUGUGCUAUAUUACAUAUUUUUCCUAAUUCAACUGGAACGCGUGUGGCAUUCAUUGAUGACACAGCUAUGGCUUUCAUUUAUAAUCCAAUCAAUGACCAACUUAUAGAAAUUCCAGAAUUUUGUCCUUCAACAAAUAAUAUUCUAUGGGACUUAGAAGAUACAGAAAAUCCUUUAUUAAUCGCUUAUGACAAUUUACGAAUAAGUGUUUAUCGUUACUUCAUGAAUGAAUAUACCUUGGUCAAAUCAUCAAUACCAAUAGGAAAUAGUAGAUGUGACACUCAACAGCUGAAUACUUCAUCAACUCAACAAACCACUGGAAAAAAUGUUGACAGUUCAACUGCUACUGAUUCUAAUUGUAUAAAUAAUAAUAUCAGUGGUAAUCAUAAUGUUACUGGAGCUACUUUUGGGAAGUGUCAUCUGGUUGGAGUUAUGCGUUUACCUUAUGGUCACUUACCAUUAUGUAUAGUAAAUGGUGAAUUGUGUAUGCUUAGCCCAACUGGACGCCUAUUACAUCAAACAUUGACAACUCAUCAAUUUCGAGUCUAUGCUGUUCAACAAGAAAAUAAAAGUUUGCAUAGAUCAUCUGUUGAACAGAUCAAAUGCAACACCAGUGAACAAAAACGUUCAACCAAAAAGGACUCUGAUUUUACAGGAGGACUAAAAAAGUUAUCUUUUCAGGAAAUCGUUACCUAUUUUGAACAAGCUGUAAAAGCCGGUUGUUUCGAGGAUGCAGAGAUAUUUGUUGAACAAUUGGAUUCACAUCAUUUAUGGAGUCAACUUGGCAUGAGUUGUUUACGUGUUAUGAAAUUUGAUAUGGCCAUUCUAUGUUUUCGAUCGUCGAAAGAUCCUGGUCUUGUUUUAGCUGUGCAAAGAAUUCAAAAGAUUGAAGAUCGAUUUCUACUUGCAGGUUAUAUUGCAAUGAUUUUAAAAGAAUUCGAUGAUGCACAAGAACUAUUUUUAGCCUCAACUGAACCUAUUGCUGCCUUAGAAAUGAGACGAGAUCUUUUACAUUGGGAAGAUGCACUUCAGUUAGCGCGCAAAUUAGCCCCUCAAGAAAUCCCAUUUAUCUAUCGUGAAUAUGCUGCUGAAAUGGAAUGUACCGGAGACUACGUCAGUGCCUUAAUGCAUUAUGAACGUGCGCUAAAUCCAUCGUUCGAUAUCAGCGAUGAAUAUGUGUCAUUGCGAAAUUCUGAGCAGAGAGACUUCCAGUCGAAAGACCAUGGUGAAGGUGAAGACGAAUGGUCAAAACACGUCAGUUUAUGUAACGCUGGUAUUGCUAGAAAUACUAUCCGCCUUGGUGACUUUAAAAGGGGCAUUGAAUUAUCAGUUAAGAGUGGUAACUCCAGUUUGCAAAGGGAAUGCGCUGAUAUUCUGGAACAACAUAAGCAGUGGCAAGAGUCAGCCAAUCUUUAUGAAGUAGCCGGAUGUUAUGAAUCAGCAGUAAUUGUAAAUCUCAAAUGUAAAAACUACAAAAAAGCUGGUGACUUACUUAACCAUGUUACGAACGCACCAUGGUUACAUCUGCAAUAUGCAAAGGCGCGCGAAGCUGAUGGAGCUUACAAAGAGGCUAUAACAGCCUAUGAAACGGCUAAUGAUUUAGAUUCUGUUGUAAGAUUACAACUUGAGAAAUUAAAUAAUCCUGAAGAAGCCAUCCGUAUAUUACAUAAAACGCAUAGUAUAGAGAGUGCUAAAAUGAUUGCACAAUACUUUAUUCAAGUUGGUGAUCAAGGAAAAGCGAUUCAAUUUCUUGUCAUGUCUAAAUGUCUUGAUGCUGCAUUCGAUAUUGCUAGAAAGCAUAAAAAGAUGAAGUUGUAUGCAGAGGUGAUUGGUUCUGAUGCCUCAAUCAGUGAGUAUCAAAGUAUUGCGUGUUAUUUUGAAAAUGAGAAAAAUUGGUACCUAGCAGGAAAAUAUUACCUACUAGCCAAACAAUAUGAAAAGGCCAUCAGGCAUCUUCUUCAUGUACCGUAUACUGAGAAUAGUCCAGCACUAGAUUUAGCCUUGGAAGCAGUUGGCCAAGCUGGUGACAGUCGUUUAACACACUUGGUCAUUGUUUAUCUAAUGGGUGAAACAGAUGGUGUAGCAAAAGAUGCUAGACAUUUAUUUCGUUUAUAUAUGGUCUUGAAGCAGUAUAAAGAAGCUGCUAGAACAGCAGUGAUUAUAGCCAGAGAAGAACAAACCAAUGGAAAUUAUCGAAGUGCACAUGAUUUAUUAUUCAGUAUGGUACAAGAAUUAAGACAACGCAAUAUUCGUGUCCCAUCUGAAAUGUCGGAGAAUUUGGCAUUACUACAUUCUUACAUACUCGCAAAGGUGCAUGUGAAAAAUGGGGAUCAUCUACGAGGAGCUAGAAUGUUAAUUAGGGUGUCAGAAAAUAUCAGCAAAUUCCCUUCCCAUGUUGUUCCGAUUCUAACGAGUACUGUGAUUGAAUGUCAGAAAGCUGGUUUGAAAUCAGCCAGUUUCAGUUAUGCUGCAAUGUUAUUACGACCAGAAUAUCGUGAUAAAUUGGAUAUGAAAUAUCGUCGUAAAUUUGAGACACUUAUCAGGAGACAAGAUUUGAAAACUGAUUGUGGUGGCGAUCAGACCGAUAGUACAAUAAACAAGUCAAAUAGUUCCACUGUUGAAACAUCUACACCAUGUCCAUCAUGUGGGUCACUUUUGUUAGAAACAUGUUUAUACUGUACUGAAUGUCGAAGUAACAUACCAUACUGUGUGAUAACGGGUAACCACGUUGUGAAAAAUGAUUUCACAGUAUGUCCUGGGUGUCAGUUUCCUGCGUUGUAUAGUGAACUUAUGAGAUAUGUUGAAAACUGCUCAAAUCCGGUGUGCCCAAUGUGUAAUGUAAAUUUAUCACGUGAUAGCAUCAGACGUUUAAUUGAUUCCAGUGUUUUUUUAAAUCAGUCAAUUAGCUCACUGAAUGCAGACUUGAUCGAAAAUGACACCAACGAGAAAUUCGUUGAGCUUAAUGGAAAGUCAUGA